CUGCCCCUGUAAUAGCUGUACGAGGUCACGUAGAUGAUCAUGUGAAAGAAGAGCUUCGUUGUACCAGACUGCUCGAAUUCAGCGGCUGGCAAGUACUAAUUAUUCACAUCGUCCCUAAGGAAAUUUCGCCGGAUUGGCAACGUAUCCUUGCUGAAACCAAAGCAGACAUUGUACUUUGCGGACACAGCCACAAUUAUAGUGUCUCAGAACCAGACAAGAUCCAUUACAUAAACCCAGGGUCUGCCGGCCCUGCUCGAUUCCGGCUUUCAAGAAAGGGCAUGCACGGCGAGAAGGCUUUGUGACGAAACCCUCAUGUAUUUUUAGAGGGGUUCUCUUUAGCAGCCUGUAGCUCGUCAUGGAUGAAUCUGAGACCGCCGACAUUGGCAAGGCAAUCGCGACAGCUGUUCUGAAACAGUAUGAAGCGCUGCCAAAGAAUGGGAAGCCACAGCCCAAUGAGCACACAGUUCUCGCUGGCUUUGUUGUCACCCAUGAAGAGCUCGGCAUGCGGCAGCAACAGCCCACGCUACAGCCUGACAUCGGGCAAGCCAGCAUGCAUGUGGUCUCGAUAGGGACAGGAACUAAGUGCCUGGGGUUCAGCAAGCGCAGCACAAGCGGGGAAGUGCUCAAUGAUUCCCAUGCAGAGGUGGUUGCUCGGAGGGCUCUGCUGCGCUGGCUGUAUACAGAAGUGGAGACUGUGCCAUCAGAAUCUGCCGAAGAGUCUGACGAACCUGUGCUAAGGGCUACGCUGCGCCCACAGUUUCUCGGUCAGGAGCACUCUAGCAAGGCUGGGAAAGCCCUUGCGACGCAACGCAGAGUCCAUUGGCCGCUUUUUGAGAGGACUGCAUCUGGCACAUAUAGGAGGAGGGGGCGAUGGCAGCUGCACAUGUUCAUCAGCCAGCCUCCAUGUGGCGACGCCUGCAUCUUUGCAAACCAGGCACCCUUCGGGACAGACUCCGAGCAUCCAAAGGCCACAAGGUGGAGGAGAACUGGGGCCAAGAGGCUGAAAGCAGCCCAAGCGCAGGCAGCAGACGUUGGGCAGGUCGGGGAGCCUGUGGGGUCAGGUGACCAGCGCAGAAGCAAAGAUGUUGAGCAAAGCAGCAAUGCUCAGAAUACCGCGGAGAGUGCCUCCGCACCAAAUGCACAGGAGGGCGCGGGCAGAACUACCAUGGAUUUACAGAGGGAAGGGGAGCGGCAGCAAGAGGGAGUGCUCAGGCGAAAGCCGGGACGGGGGGAGCCCACAAUGUCACUGAGUUGCAGUGAUAAGCUGGCACGAUGGAACGUGAUGGGCGUGCAAGGGGCGAUGCUGUCCGAGCUACUAGAAGAGCCCCUGUACAUGCAAUCCCUCACAGUCGCGCUGCCGCAUUGCACCACGGAAGUUGCCCAUCAGGCAAGGGCAGCCUUGUGGAGAGCAGUUGCAGGAAGAACAAAGGAGGCCGCCACAGUAAUUCCGUCCCCGUUCAAGUGGAGCCCACCUCAGCUGCACAUCAUCUGCCUGCCGGAUGUUGAAGUGGCUGAGGCCCUCCGCUGCUCGGACGUGCGCUGUGUGCCCUCGGGCCUUUCUUUGAAUUGGAGCGCUCCACAGAGCAGCAGCUGGAAAAGCGGUGGAUUGGGCUGUCUGAAAGGGGGCCUGUCUGAGGCAACUCUUGCUGCAAGCGGAAGGAAGGCAGGUGCUGCGAAGAAUGGACCAGGCUGGAGGUCACCAAAGACUCAGUCAACGCUGUCCACUCAAAGCCUGCACAAAAUCUUAUGCAGUCAUUGUGAACACACAGAUAUCAGUGGUGAGGGUCUGGAAGGGUACAAAUUACUGAAGUCGUCCACUUUCCACCACCAGGUUUGGGUACUUGUUCAGCACAACUGCUCUUACUUCAGGGAAUGGUAUGCAUCAAGACAGCCAGGUCCUGACAUGCACCGCUGAGGGGUAGGUCAUUGUCAGCAGGGGCUUGCAUGCAUUGGGACAGCUGACAUGCAGGCGUUGUGACCUGUCCGUGACUGCCACUUUGUUGCAGCUCCUAGCUAGUCUAUAGGCUCAUAAACGUUGCGAUAAAGUCGUAACAUCAAGCAACACUGUGAUGUGACAUGGCACUCAAUGAG